GCCCCUCUUUACGUCACCUGACGUCACUUUCCAGCUGAGCAAUUGUUUGUUUAUAUCGCAUAAAGGUAGAAGUAUGUUCGUGAGAGUACGAGUAGUGUUGCCGAAGUAAAUAAUAGAAAAUCUGCGCUAUUUUGAAUAUGACUGACGAAGGUGAUAGUGAAGGUGUUACAGACUCACCCAGAAGAGGGCCAACUUUGUCAACAAGCACAAGUAGCUUUGAAGCCCUCGACCCACACGAUCCGAACUUAAGCCGCCUUGCCACAAACAUGUUCCAGAAAACGGCAGAUUAUUUGUAUGGAGAGCUGACAGCCACAUUGGACGAUUAUCGUUUGCUGGAAGCGAUGAAUCGUGCUACGAUAACAAAAUAUGCUGACAUGAAGCAGAUUGCUGGAAGUGUUUCGAAGACUAUGGCGGAACUGAAUGAGAAACAUAAGAGCCUGCAGCCAUACCUUGAGCAGAUUGAUCAAAUAGAAGACAGUGUUACUAAACUGGAACAGGCUGCCUAUAAGUUAGAUGCCUACUCUAAGCGACUUGAAGCAAAGUUUAAAAAUUUGGAAAAGAGACUGAACAGAGAAACCGAAUUAAAGAAGCAAGUAACACAGUAGUUGGCUGAAAUAAUAUCUUACUCCAAGAGGAGGUAAUG